UGCAUGCAAGCAAGCUACACCUCGACUCUGACUCUGACUCUGACUCUGACUCUGACGGGACGCUCACACAUCUCAUGACUUGCAAAUGUCUUGCCUUGCGAUAGGAGUACACUCGGCACACUCACAACAACCCUCACCCCAACAUUCGCCUUGAGCUGCGCCGUCUCCGCAAGGCCCAUCUCGUCACGCCAGAUCCCUGACCAGCCAUCCCCUUCCGGCUUUGGCGUGCCGAGCGCGAGUGAGCAAGAGGUGUCGUCGACAACAACAUCUUGUCCUUCGAACAAGCCAUUCGCCUCGGCAGGCGCACACCGCCCAUUUAGCUGACUAGCAAAGUGGGGCCUAGAGCAUGUAGCUCUUUCUGCAGAUAGCUCUUAGUCCACUACGCCCAAGAUCCAGCAGUGCUAUUUCGCUUAUCAGUAACCUCGACUCGGAUUACGCGCCUGCUCAUCUUGUGCGCACUCGCCUCUCGCCAUGGUAGAAGAGAAGCAUCACGGCGCUCACAAUGGGGCAGAGACAAGCACGUUUGGGAGCAAAGAUGGAGCGCAAACUCCUCAUAGAGCGCCACCUGCGCCCAAAACUCGAGGUGGAAGUCGGACGCCGGGAAAUAGCAGACCUGGAUCUUCCUCAAGCAGGCCUAGCUCGUCGAGCGGAAGGAGCAGACAACCGGUAAGGAUUGGCCAGUACACUGUCUCGCAGACGCUGGGCACGGGUAGCUUUGGAAAAGUCAAAUUGGCUACGCAUGCCCUCACAGGUCAUCGCGUAGCGAUGAAGAUCAUCAAUAGAAGGAAAAUCUCCGCCAUGGACAUGGGAGGCAGGGUGAAGCGUGAGAUUCAGUAUCUCAAGCUAUUGCGACAUCCUCACAUUAUCAAACUGUACGAGGUCAUCACUACCCCGAACGAUAUCAUCAUGGUUAUCGAAUAUGCGGGCGGAGAGCUCUUCCAGUACAUUGUCGAUCGAGGCAGGAUGUUGGAGGAGGAAGCACGUCGAUUCUUUCAGCAAAUCAUAUGCGCCAUAGAGUACACGCACAGGCACAAGAUUGUCCACCGCGACCUCAAGCCAGAAAACUUGCUACUGGACGAGUAUCUCAACGUCAAAAUCGGCGACUUUGGCCUCUCGAACAUCAUGACAGAUGGAGACUUUCUCAAAACGAGUUGCGGCAGUCCCAACUAUGCGGCGCCAGAAGUGAUUUCGGGCAAACUAUACGCGGGUCCGGAGAUCGACAUUUGGAGCUGUGGGGUCAUCCUGUACGUCAUGUUGUGCGGUAGACUACCCUUCGACGAUGAGUAUAUCCCAACGCUGUUUAAAAAGAUCAACGGCGGAAUCUACUCUCUGCCGUCAUACCUCUCAUCGGAGGCCAAGCAUCUGCUGUCAAGCAUGCUCGUGGUUGACCCGGUGAAGCGCAUCACGAUCAACGAGAUCAGACAGCUGCCUUGGUUUCAAAAGGAUCUUCCUUCGUACUUGAGACCCCUGCCUCCCACCCCUGCUGCCGAAGCUUCUGGAUUCGAUUUCAGGAUGACGCCUGGUACCGGAAACGGUUCUGGUAGCGGAUCUGGGUCUGGAGAGAGCACGCCUGCGGGCAGCGCGCGAGAGACAGCUUCAGAUGUUGGCCACAUCGAGGAAGAAAUCGUGGACGAGUUGGUGGACAAGAUGGUUGGCUUCACGCGGGAAGAAGUGUUGCAGCAGCUCAUGGAGCCCGAAGAGAAUCAGGUCAAAGUGGCCUACCAGCUAGUGCGCGACCACAAGCGUCUUUUGCAGACCUCGCAUCUGGAGGAAAAGGAUGAGCUGCAAGGGUUCUUGUCCAAGAGCCCGCCUCCUUGGAACGCUGGACUUGGCGAGACCGUUGGACGUUCCACCAGCAUUCGCAAGCGCGAACCCCGAGCCCGAGACGUCAGCACUGGCGUCAAUACUCCAGGGAUUCCUCCCUAUGCGCAAGACGGCACCACGACGGAUGAUGCCGAACACAGCUUUGCCUUGGAUGACGCUACCGAUGAUCCCAAUGAUGAUUCAGAUGAUGCCGCAACCCUGACCGACGACGAGACCAUCUUGACUGAAGAGGACUACCUCGAGGAUCCCGGCAUUCCGUCUCACUCCGGUAUUGGGAUCCUGGAGACCAGUCUGCGCAAGGGUCGCGCCGACGGAGAAGAUGCAGGAGUGCCAGCUGCCUCAACACCAACGCGAAAAGCGCGCUCCAGAUGGCACUUUGGUAUUCGAAGCAAGAGCCCCCCGAUGGAGAUCAUGUUGGAGCUGUAUCGCACUCUUCAGGUGUUGGGCAUGGAGUGGAGAGCGCAUACACCAACAAAAUCAAGAGGUCAGCCUGACGGAGGAGGUCAAGACAACGGUGAAGUCGACCACGAUGAAGACUUUCGCGACAACGAGGAGCUGUUCUUCGUCGAGACUCGCUGGCGCGCGCGCAAUGUCGUGGUGCGCAUGAACCUGCAAUUAUACCGCGUGGACGAUUCCAACUACUUGGUUGAUUUCAGAAAUGUGGGGCACGUGAGACUCGACGGGAUGCGAGAGAGCAAAGGCUCCGCCGCUGCGGAAGGCGGUCCGACCGUAGACUCGGAGUCUGUCAACGAGAAGCUCGAGGAAGCGUACCAGCAGACCGCCUCUCAGGAUCCGUCUGAGAGUGGCGGGACCACAGAAUUGACAGCCACUUCUGGAGUGCCCAAAGGCGUGCCUGCACCGUACCCCGAAGGCAGAAAGGAUGUUUCGAGCCCUUUUCUGUUCUUGGAAUGCGCGACGAGAUUGAUCGUCGAGCUGGCCGGGGGCGGCAGCUGAUGCCAUCGGCCAACGAGCGGAUCAAGCUCGCCGAUGAAACAUGCCAAGGGGGGGGGGAAGAGUAAAGCAGGAGCGGGACGUCAGACUCCUUUCAUGCGGCACACGAAUACCAGCGGACUGGAUUCUGACAGAUCCGCCACUGCUUCCUGCACUCCGACGCACCUCCUUUCCCACACUGCCCUUUCUCUGUCCCCUCCUGGGCCUCACUCAUCAUCCACCCUUCUUCUUGCCAUCUCCGAUUGCGCGCACACGUGUUGCGGAAAGGCUGCCUGUACUGUAGAACAACCUCAACCUCACGAAUCGACACUUGUAUUCAGAUCGACACGCUGCGGACUCCCAUCGAGCUACCAGCGGGUGUAGCAGCUGCCUGGUUCUGCCCCACCAUCCGCCUCGUCUACCUACCUUCACAGAGCUCCCCUCCCCCCGCUCUUCAUCGCUCGACACGAGUGGGCUAAUUUGUGUAUAUUUGCGGCCCCCC